GGGAAGCGGGGCGGGGUCGCCGCGCGGGCCGAGGGAAACGCGCGCUGCUGCAGCAUGGGACCCGUGCCGCGCACCCUGGAGCUCUUCUACGAUGUGCUGUCCCCCUACUCCUGGUUGGGCUUCGAGGUCCUGUGCCGGUAUAAGAACAUCUGGAACAUCAGCCUGCAGUUGCGCCCCAGCUUCAUUGCAGGGAUCAUGAAAGACAGUGGAAACCAGCCACCAGCUCUGCUUCCCCGCAAAGCCCAGUACUUGAGAAAUGAUGUCAGGCUCCUGGGACAGUAUGUCCAGGUUCCCAUGCAGUUGCCCAAGGAUUUCUUCUCUGUUAUCCUUGAAAAAGGAAGUUUAUCAGCCAUGAGAUUCCUCACUGCUGUGAGCAUGGAACACCCAGAGAUGCUGGAGAAAGUGUCCAGGGAACUAUGGAUGCGUGUCUGGUCACGGGAUGAAGACAUCACGGAGCCCCAGAGCAUCCUGGCUGCUGCAGAGAAGGCUGGCAUGUCUUCAGAACAAGCCCGGGGACUUCUGGAAAAGAUCUCAACACCAAAGGUGAAGAACAAGCUCAAGGAGACCACUGAGGCAGCCUGUAAAUAUGGGGCUUUUGGGUUGCCAAUCACAGUGGCCCAUCUGGAUAACCAAACCCACAUGCUGUUUGGCUCUGAUCGGAUGGAGUUGCUGGCACACCUGCUGGGAGAGAAGUGGAUGGGCCCUGUGCCUCCAGCCAUAAACGCCAGACUUUAAGGAUGGCCAGGAGAAGCAAAACUAUUGG